AUGUGGUGCAACAACUGCUGUCUUUGCUUCCCAGUCCGUGGCGGUGCGAUGUGGCUCGCCGGUCUUGUGAUUGUGGUCAAUGCGAUUGGAGGUAUCUUGCUCUUUCUCUGGGGUCCUUACUUUUUCUCGUCAACCAUGGCGAUGAUCUUUGCCGGCUUCUCAGUUAUCCAAGCAAUCACUGCCGGAGUCGCUUUCCUCGGCCUCUGCAACUGGUCGUAUAUGUUGACGAGGAUGUUUGUGCUUGUCCAAUGGCUGGUCGUUUUCCUCGGCAUUGCUCGCAUCGGAACGAUGGCCUACCAACUUCAGGCAAACAAGGACUGGAUCUCGUCCGAGUGCUGGGGAGCAGUCAACGACAAGGGGUAUACACCCAUGGGCACGGCAGCAGCCUUUUACUGCAAUACACCCAUCCCGACGUUCAUCAAGCUGUUUAUUGUUGGACUGGUGAUCGACUUUGUGCUCAACUUGUACAUGUACUUUGUCGUCUGGCGGUUCUAUGUUCGUAUGCGCCUCUAUCCCUUCCAGAAGGGCAUUGCUCGAACCUACGAACAGGGACUUUAUGAGAUCUAA